UAUGAGUACCAAACAUAAAAAAUCACGCAACACAGAAGAAGAUUCUUUGAAAUGUGAAGAAUGCAAUAAGCAAAACGAACCCAAUGAUGAUAAAUCUUCGAUCAUAACAGAAUCCACAAAACCCAAAUCAUCUGAUGUAAAAAAGACCGCAACUAAAAAAUCCAAACAGCACAAAGGCUCCGAUCUUUCCAGAGUUACAGAAAAAGUUUUUUGUGAAGAAUGUGAAGGAGAUACUGAAAAAACUAUUAAGAAGAGUUCUGAAUUGUUUAUAGAAGAUUCUGAAGAAAAUGGAUCGUUUCAUGGCAAAGUGGGAGGUAAAAAGUCAUCUUUUCGAACAAAAAUCGAAGAAACUACAGAAGAAGAAAAGAAUGUAUCAGAGGAAAAGCAAACAGAAGAAGAGAAAGUUACACCUUCGAAAGAGGAAACUGUUCAAAAAGAGGAAGCAUCAUCUGCUUUGUCCUCUUCUGCAACAUCGAUUUCUCAUACUACAGGAAGCGAAGCUGAAACUACAGAAAAUGAAGAAAAAGAAGAAACUGAGACAGUCAAAUCACCGGAGACAUUAGAAAAUACUGAAAUAUCCGAAAGAACAGAAGAGUUUACAGCAGCUACUACUAGAAAACAUAAAUCCAGAUCACCAGUAACUGUUAAAGCCACUGAAGAGUCUUCAGGAACAUUAGAAACUGAAGAAGAAUCAGAAACUGCAAUGGUCUCUACUGAAGAACAUAAAACCAAACCAUCAGCGAUUGUAGAAACCACCGAAAUAUCUGAGACGUUCCCCGAAACAACAGAAAUAGAAGAAGAAUCAGAAACUGCAAUGGCCUCUACUGAAGAACAUAAAACCAAACCAUCAGCGAUUGUAGAAACCACCGAAAUAUCCGAGACGUUCCCCGAAACAACAGAAAUAGAAGAAGAAUCAGAAACUGCAAUGGUCUCUACUGAAGAACAUAAAACCAAACCAUCAGCGAUUGUAGAAACCACCGAAAUAUCUGAGACGCUCCCCGAAACAACAGAAAUAGAAGAAGAAUCAGAAACUGCAAUGGCCUCUACUGAAGAACAUAAAACCAAACCAUCAGCGAUUGUAGAAACCACCGAAAUAUCUGAGACGCUCCCCGAAACAACAGGAAUAGAAGAAGAAUCAGAAACUGCAAUGGCCUCUACUGAAGAACAUAAAACCAAACCAUCAGCGAUUGUAGAAACCACCGAAAUAUCUGAGACGUUCCCCGAAACAACAGAAUUAGAAGAAGAAUCAGAAACUGCAAUGGCCUCUACUGAAGAACAUAAAACCAAACCAUCAGCGAUUGUAGAAACCACCGAAAUAUCUGAGACGUUCCCCGAAACAACAGGAAUAGAAGAAGAAUCAGAAACUGCAAUGGCCUCGAGUGAAGAGUACGAAACUUCAACAACUACUGAAGAAACUAAAACAAAAAAAAUAUUACCGGAGACCACAAAGAAGCUGAAGCAUACAGAACUAUCUGAAAUAGUUCAUGAAACAUUUCAAACUACGAAAAAACAUACUAUAAUAGAAGAUAAAGCUAGAACUAGAACUACAGCAACUGAAGAGAUCGCCACCAAUACAAUGAAAACUGGAAGCUCUAGAGAAUUUCUCACAGGAAUGGAAACAUCCAAAACCGAAGAAGAAAUAGCAGUUACUGAAGAAUACAAAACUCAUAAACCAGAAAGUAAAAAAACUAAAGCAACUGAAGUGGAAAGCACAGAAGUUUUUACGGCAGCAAAGGAAAUAACCGCUGCAGAAGUAACCAUAACAGAAGAAAUAUCUACAGAAAAAAUCCCCAAGACAAAAACUAAACUUGUUGAAAAUGAACAAAAGAUUACCAAGGAGCAUACAACUCACUCUACAGUAAAAAGUUUGACUGUUACCAAGCAAAUCGAACAGUCAAUUGAGAAAAUAGUAACAACUUCAACCGAAGAAAGAGGGGAAGAAGGAAAAGAAACUACAAUAAAAGAAGAAGAAGAAGCUAAAUUUGAGACUGCUAGUUCAGUAUUAGAAGAAAACCAAACAGAAGAAAUGAUUAAUUUGUCUACACAAGUUGUUGUUGGAUCUCAAAAAACUUAUAAACAUGGUGGAAUGGUUGUUGCAACUGAGCCCUUUCUAAUGACCCUUUCUGAAACCGAAUCAUCUACUACACACGCUACUGAAAUUAUAUCCGAAGAAAGUAUUCCGGAUGAAGUAACGGCAUCAGAAGAAAAUAUUGUUUUAUUAACGGCAGUUGAAGAAACGAACCAUACGGAAAAAUCAGUUGUAGAAGAAUCAACUAUCAGAUCAACUCCAUUCGUACCAAUACCCACACCAGAAGCUGAAGAAACCACGAAAAUAAUGGUCAUAAUAGUGAAUAAUUCGGGAAAGAAGAUGAAAAAAAUGAACGAAUCCGUUUUGGAGAAACUAGUUAAUAAAAAAAUGCAAGAAAUUAAUUUGGAAUAUGUCGAUAUGUACGAUUUAUUGAAGGAACAUAAAACAACCAAUAAAUCUGAAAAUACGGACCUGGUUUAUAAAGAAACUGUAAUAGGUGACGGAAAAAAAUGCAAAGCAAGCGAAUUCAAUGCAAAUGUACAUUGUCCUUGUGACGUAGAUAAUUAUUUACAUUCUUUGGAAGGCGAUUUGGCUGAAAAUAUGGAUAUAACAAAUUUAAAUUGUUCGAAAAUGAUAAGCUUCCACGACGGUUUUCUUAUUACAAACAAAACUCAACCGUUAAAAAGGAAGAAAAGAAGUUUGUUGUAUUUGAAAAGUUUGGGAAGGUCAUCUAAUGUCAUCGAGAGUAAUAAUGUUGAUGAAGUGUUAGAUAAAGAUUAUGAUAUUAAUACAGGAACUGAUGUAUUAGUGUAUCCCAAUCGGAAAGCAAAAAUUUAUUGCGGAAGCGUCGCUGAUAAACUUAUCGAAACGGAUGGAGUAACUUUUAAAUGGGAAUUUAUUAAAGACGGCCAAGAUUCACCUGAUAUUCUUCCGAUUUCCGACAAUCCUCUGGUUAUUCAGAACGCGGAUACUAAAACAGCGGGAAAUUAUAGUUGUACACGAACAAAUAAAGAAGGAGAUGAAGAUAAUUAUACGCAUGAGCUCGAAUUAAUAACAUUCCCUAUAUAUAAAAUUAAAUUGGAAGUUUUCUACUGGGUCAACGAUAGUUGCUCUUUAGCUGACGGCGAUAUUUUAUUCGCGUAUCUACCGAAAAUGGCGGGUCCGUUACUGUGUGGUAGUACCGGUAAAUUGUGUAAGGUCGACGUACUACGACCCGUUUGUAUAACUGAUGACGAUGACACUUUCUACAAUGUCACUUUGACAGUAACUAUGAACGAUAUUUAUGACAUUUACCCGAUGAUAAGUGACGAAAAAUGUAACAUCAAUUGUAGAUUCAAGACGUACGCUAAUCUGAUAUAUUUGGUUGACAAAAAUGCCCGAAUCGUCAAAAAUAUUCCAGUUUUAUCAAGGCUAGAACAUAAUUUAGACUUUCUGUCAAAUGUGACAUUAACUGAUAAAAAUAGGCCACCGAAAAUCAUUACGACUUGCCGCGGAGGUUAUGGAAUCGAAAGAUACAAACAAAGAAUUUGCGUAAUUUGUCCAAAACAUACGUUUAGUCCUGACGAUGAAGCUUUUUGCAAAAUGUGUCCGGCGGGACAAUAUCAGCCACAACCCGGACUACAAAGCUGCAUUCCUUGUAAAUCUCCAGUCGAUGAUGCCAUGUGUUUGAGAAUGUUGUACUCGGAUACGAAAAUAUUCAAAAUAUACGUCGGCACGGCUUUCGGUCUCGUAAUUCUUUUCAUAGCUGCGAUAAUUUUUUGGAAUAGCAGCGUUUCCAAAAACUCUUCAAAGAUAAGAUAUCCGGAAAAUUACUCAUAUAGAUCGAGGUCGAGAAGAAGAAUGGUAACCGACGAAGAAAAUCCGUUAUUAAAACCUCCAACAACAAACGAAAAAAUGAGAAGAAGCUCUCCCCCAGCAGUACCACCACCUGAUUUUUGAUUUUAUAUUUUUUUGGUUAAGUUUUAUUUACACUAUAUGUAUUUCUAUAGAUUUGAUUAAUAAACGCUCUAUACAA